UAGCGAGCCUGAAAGAGAAAAGGGCUCCAGGAUUCAAAAACCAGACCAUAUAGUAAAGUAUUUUUAUCUCUUUUCCUUCCCCCAGAGGGGAUCCCUGACCUGUCACUUUAUUGACAGCCGUGCAGUGACCAGCUCUUUCCCAGAAGUUGAUCAAAGAAGCUCAAAUGUUGCUGUUUCUUCCCUUCCAAGUCAAGUGGUUUUCCUGGUAAUGGAUUGCCUCUCUCUGAGCUCUCCCCCUGGUGAGACUCUCCAGAUCUAGCCUGCCAUCCCAACUAGGAAGCACCUCUGUAAAAAUGAUGGAAGAGCCCAUCAAGGAGAUGCUGGGAGCCCCCAAGUCUCCCAUGCCAGUGGCAAUGGAGAAGAGCCCCAAGAGCGAAGUCGUGAUCACCACAGUCCCCCUGGUCAGUGAGAUUCAGCUGACGGCUGCCACAGGAGGUGCCGAGCUCUCCUGCUACCGCUGCAUCAUCCCCUUUGCCGUGUUCGUCUUUAUUGCUGGGAUAGUGGUCACCACCGUGGCUUACAGCUUCAAUUCCCAUGGCUCCAUCAUCUCUAUCAUUGGCCUGGUCCUUUUGUCAUCUGGACUUUUUUUAUUAGCCUCCAGCGCCUUGUGCUGGAAGGUGAGACAAAGGAGCAAGAAAGCCAAGAGAAGGGAGAGUCAGACGGCUCUCGUGGCAAAUCACAGAAGCUUAUUUGCCUAAGACUGAAUGAGACCAGAUGGCAUAUGUGGCCUGAAAACCUGCUGUAACUUUUUUUUGUCAGCCAAUACACCCAGAACCAAUGUGGGAGAGAGUGGACUUGGCAUUGGAGCAGUCUAGAAG